UCCCACCAAAGAGAGGACUGAAUUUCAGCAAGAGGGAAGGAAGUGUACUGCACCAUCAGCACUACCAUGGCUGGCAGCUGGAAGAUGGUUGCCGGGGUUCUGCUCCUACUUUCACUCCUUCCGUUGGCCUCGUCGUCCAUGGUGUUCAAGCUUGACGGCAGCGUCUAUCCUGUAGGCCACUUCUAUGUGACCAUGAACAUUGGGGAGCCCGCGGAGCCCUACUUCCUGGACAUCGACACCGGCAGCAGCUUCACCUGGCUCGAGUGCCACGCAAAGGAUGGUCCCUGCAAAACGUGCAACAAGGUGCCACACCCACUGUACCGACUGACACGGAAGAAGCUAGUUCCAUGCGCAGAUCCUCUCUGCGACGCACUGCACAAAGACCUGGGUACAACCAAAAAGUGCACAGAUGUACGGAAGAACCAAUGCGACUACAAAGUGAAGUACCAAGAUGGAUUGUCAUCUCUUGGUGUGCUCCUCCUUGACAAGUUCUCGUUGCCUACGGGCGGUGCGCGCAACAUCGCCUUUGGCUGUGGGUAUGAUCAGAUGAAGGGCUCCAAGAAGAAGGCCCCCGAGAAGGUGCCGGUCGACGGCAUCCUUGGGCUUGGAAGGGGCUCAGUAGACCUGGCCUCGCAGCUGAAGCACAGUGGAGCCGUCUCCAAGAAUGUGAUAGGCCAUUGCCUCAGCUCAAAGGGAGGGGGCUACCUCUUCAUUGGGGAAGAGAAUGUGCCCUCUUCACAUGUAACCUGGGUCCCCAUGGCUCCAACAACACCCGGGGAACCUAAUCACUACUCGCCGGGCCAAGCAACCCUGCAUUUGGAUAGUAAUCCGAUAGGCACAAAGCCGUUGAAGGCGAUCUUCGACAGUGGCAGCACUUACACCUACUUGCCUGAGAAUCUACAUGCUCAGCUCGUUUCUGCACUGAAGGCCUCUCUCAGCAAGUCGUCACUCAAACAGGUGUCUGAUCCUGCACUGCCUCUAUGCUGGAAAGGACCUAAACCUUUCAAAACUGUGCACGACACCCCGAAAGAAUUCAAGUCACUGGUCACUCUGAAAUUUGACCUUGGAGUCACCAUGAUUAUCCCUCCAGAAAACUACCUCAUUAUCACUGGGCAUGGGAAUGCAUGCUUUGGCAUUCUUGAUAUGCCAGGCUUGGAUCAGUACAUAAUUGGAGACAUCACAAUGCAGGAACAGCUUGUGAUAUAUGACAAUGAGAAAGGGAGGCUCGCAUGGAUGCCAUCACCAUGUGAUAAAAUACCAAAGUCCAAAGCUGCGAUCAUUUCGCGCAUCUGAAAUCCCGUAUAAAGUUGCCAGCUGCUGGGAUGAAAAAUUGAAGAAGGUGAAGAAGAGAACAAACAAAAUUAAGGAUUGUAAGAAAGGAACUCUAUAAACAAGAAACUUGUGUGUGUACCUCCUGAUCAGUGAUCAAUGCUCAUAAUUAUAAUAAAGAAUAUUUGAUGAUUAAGUA